AUGGGUUAGUUCAUAUGAGGGAGAACGGUAGAGGUUUUGCUCAGUGCCUGUAUGGUUCACACUAGUUACUCUACUACUUAUCCUAAAUCUACUAAAACUCUUGGCGCUAGUAUGUAGCCAAAAAACAGUGACUGGUUGAUUAUACUAAUCAAUUACAAAUUAUUGGUUUUGUUCCUUUGUUAGUGUACAAUAGUCUCUGGUCUUGCCUCAUGCUUCCUAUGUUUGGAAGGUUGAUUUGAUAUAGAUUUGAAUGUAGUGGAUUUUUGGGUUCUUUUAAGGUAAAUUGAGAUUACACUAAAAAUCCAACAAGUUCUAUAGCAUAUAUAGUAACACCAAAGAUCCUAUGUAAUGUUGGCGAUGGAAAAAGGCAAAUAAACAAUAAGAAACUCCACAAAGGCGUUGUUAUUAAGGGGUUGUGAUACUUGGUUUGUACCAUUUGACUGAUCUAUAGAUUGAGUUUAUUAGCUUUUGGUAAACAUAGGCUAUAGAUUUAUGUAUUACCAUAGAAUAAAAAUACUGUGUAUUGUAUGCAAUUCCUUUCCUUUCAAGGAUAAUCUAUUAAUUAUUAUUGAUCUAUGAAUUGAUAACAAAAGUUGUUGCUUUGUGAAAAUUGUGGAUGGGCUAUCCAUGGUGUCCAAAACUGAAAAGAGGACAUUGAAACCAUUUAUUAUAAACCGGGUAGUUUGAGUCCUGGAUGCUGAUUGGCUGAAACAGCAUUCCAGCCGUGUGUAUGUCAGACAAUAUACCACGGGUAUGAUGCAAAAAUACUUGUUUCCUAUUCGAUUAUAAUAGCAAUAAGGCGGGCACCUCUGGGGUUUGUGUACCGGGCUGCCGGUACACCACUGCUUAGCUGAUCCUCAUCGUCAUAGUGACCAUCUCUCAGCUUCAUCACCGUCCUGGACAACUUCCUGUUUUUGCUGUCAAUCAAAGUCAAAUGCCACCUCCAGAUGGUCAACAACUACUUCCUGUUCAGCCUGGCGUGUGCUGACUUCAUCAAAAGCCUGCUCUCCAUGAACCUAUACACCCUCUACAUGUCAAGGGCUACUGGCCCCUAGUCAUCUGUGACCUGUGGUUGGCCUUGGACUACGUGGUCAGCAACGCAUCAGUCAUGAACCUCCUGAUCAACAGCUUCGACCGCUACUUCUGCGUGACCCGGCCUUUAACCUACCCGGCCAGACGGACCACCAGACUGGCUGGGCUGAUGAUCGCAGCAGCCUGUCUCUGUUCCCCUGGGCUCCAGCCAUCCUCUAUGGCAGUCCCUUGUGGGCAAACGCAUCGUCCCUGACAGGGAGUGCUAUAUCCAGCUUCUGUCCAACCCCACGGUCACACUGGGAAUGACGCUCCCUGCAUUCUACCAGCCCGCAGCCAUUAUGAUCGUCCUAUACAUGCGCAUCUCCUUUGCCAGCUGCAGUUGCCACACUGAAGGUGCAGAGUAG